AUGUCAAGAGUCGCAAGAGCACAAUGUGCUAACUGUACUUGUUCACCAGGUUUAUUAUCAAGAGCAAGAAAAUCAAUGACUUUUGCUAAAAGAAUUUCCCUUAGUAGAUCAAGUACUGAUGGAACUUAUUUAAAAUCAGGAUCUCGUAAAGGAUCUGUAUUCACUUUAGAUCCUGCUUCGUUAUGUUUACCUGAAGCUAAAGAAGUAAACACCAGUAAAAGAUUAGAAUCUUUAAGAAGACAAAUGAUGACUCAUGAUUUGGCAGUUUAUAUUAUCCCAUCUGAAGAUCAACAUCAAUCUGAAUAUGUUUCCGCUUUUGAUCAAAAAAGAAGUUUUAUUUCUGGUUUUUCUGGAUCAGCUGGUGUUGCCAUUGUAACUAGAGAAUUAAAUAAUUUUAGUGAAGUUCCUGAAGGAACUGCUGGACUUUCAACUGAUGGUAGAUAUUUUGCUCAAGCUACUGAUGAAUUAGAUUUUAAUUGGUUAUUAUUAAAACAAGGCUCAAAAGAUCAACCUACUUGGGAAGAAUGGACUGUACAACAAGCUAUACAAUUAAGUUUAGAUAGUGGAUCUAAAGGUAAUAUCGGUAUUGACCCAAGAUUAAUUACUUAUAAAGCAUAUCAAAAGAUAAAUUCCAUUAUUGAAAAGCAAGUAGCUAAGCAAGAUACUGAAGUAGAUGUUGAAUUAGUCGCUGUUGGUGACAAUUUAGUAAACAAAAUUUGGGAAGAAUUUGAAGAAUUACCACCAGCAGCUACCAAUAAUCCAAUUACAAGUUUAGAUAUAAGUUUUACCGGACAAGAUACACAAGAAAAGUUAGCCAAUAUCAAAAAGGAAUGUUUUAAAGAUAAUGUAGAAGGUUUAGUUGUCACUGCUUUGGAUGAAAUAGCUUGGAUUUUAAAUUUACGUGGACAGGAUAUUGAAUUCAAUCCAGUUUUCUACAGUUUUAUGAUCAUUACAAAAGAUUCCAAUAAAUUAUUUAUCGACUCCCAUAGAAUCCCCGCCGAAAUUAUCCAAAAAUUACAAUCAGCAAACAUUGAAAUCUUACCUUAUGAAUCCUUUUAUACCUCCUUAGAAGCAAUCUCCAAAGAAUUUGCCGUCAAUAACAAACAGUUUUUCAUCCCAGAUAAUGCCAGUUGGGAAGUUGUACGUAACUUAAAAUGCUCCUUCACUUCAGGUCUCUCCGCCGUGGAAGAUCUUAAAGCAAUGAAAAAUGAAGUUGAAUUACAAGGUGCCAAAAUCGCUCAUUUGAAAGAUGGACGUGCAUUGAUUAAAUUCUUUGCCUGGUUAGAAGAUCAAUUAAUCAAUCAAGCUGAAUUAAUCGAUGAAUGUGAUGCCGAUGAUAAAUUAACCGAAUUUAGAAAACAAGAAGAUAAUUUCGUAGGAUUAUCAUUCUCAACCAUAAGUGCCUCGGGUGCCAAUGGGGCAAUUAUCCAUUAUAAACCAACUAAGGGACAAUGUGCCAUGAUUAACCCCGCCAAGAUAUAUCUCAAUGAUUCAGGUUCACAAUUCUUAGAAGGUACAACUGAUACUACCAGAACAAUCCAUUUUGAAACCCCAACUGAAGAAGAAAUUAGGAAUUAUACGCUUGUGCUUAAGGGACAUAUUGGACUCGCUAAUUUGAAAUUCCCAGAGAACACUACUGGAAAUCUCAUUGAUUCUAUCGCCAGGCAACACUUGUGGAAAUAUGGACUUGAUUAUGGACAUGGAACUUCUCAUGGUAUUGGAGCAUAUUUGAACGUCCAUGAAGGUCCAAUCGGAAUUGGUCCACGUCCGAAUGCCGCUGCCAAUCCUUUAAAGCCUGGUCAUUUGAUCUCGAAUGAACCAGGAUACUAUGAGGAUGGAGAAUAUGGAAUCAGGUUGGAAAAUGUUAUGUAUGUCAAAGAUAGUGGAUUACAAUAUAAUGGUAAGAAAUUUUUGGAAUUUGAUACGGUGACUAGAGUUCCAUUUUGUAAGAAAUUAAUUGAUGUUCAUAUGUUGAGUGAUGAAGAAUUGGGUUGGUUGAAUUCUUAUCAUGCCACUGUUUGGAAUGACUUAAGUGACACUUUUGAAAAACAUAGUUAUGUUUAUAAAUGGUUAAAAAGAGAAACAGAACCAUUGGCUAAAGCUUAG